CUGCCCACCAUCGAGGAGCUUUGGGAGGAGGAGGGGGACCUGCUGGACCUGGUCCACAGCAUGCAGGAGUACCUGGACUCCAUGCGGGAGCUGUCCCAGCCCGCCUGCUACCCGCUGCACGGCCCGCUAAGGGGCAGCCGCCGCCGCCGCUAUAGGCCUGGCGCCACCCCCCCCGCCGGCGGCGCCUGGCCCCCCCGGGACCCCGCCCAGGUGCUGCUCACGCUCAGGGACCCGCCCGGAUGCCAGCCGCUCCCCCCCCCACGCCGCACGCACAACCUGCUGGACAUGCUGGUGUCCCAGUCCCUGUUCGCAGGCCUGGUAUGUUCCUCUGCAGCUGGAUUGAAGCAGAACAGAGUUCCAGAUGUUCCUGUGCAGCUGGAAGAAGAGUUCCAGAUGUUUCUGCAGGCUGGAAGAAGAGUUCCAGAUGUUCCUAUGCAGCUGGAAGCAGAGCUGGAAACAGAGUUCCAGAUGUUCCUGUGCAGCUGGAAGCAGAGUUCAAGAUAUUUCUGUGAAGCUGGAAGCGGAAUUCCAGAUGUUUCCGUGCAGCUGGAGGCCGUGUGGUCAGGGCAGACCGGAGGCGUGGAGGCAGCCUCCAGCCAGCAGGGGGCGCCUACGGCCACAGAAAGCCACUUUAAAGCUGCAGACCAGAGCCCAGGCGGCUAA